GGCGGCUUUUUUGUGGCUGGACGGAGGCGAGAGGGUAGUGCGGUUCGGUGCGGCUGGCGUUCGAGAGUGGUUCGAGAGUUCUCUCCGCUGCGUUUUCCGUGUUUCCCUGCGCGAGAAGAGAUCCGGGAAAGGGCGCAAGAGAAAGAGAGAGAGAGAACGAAAAACCGUUCGACGAGCAAGACGGACGCGGUGCGGCCAGCGGUCGGUCGGAAAAUCCGGUCCCGUCUCCCGUGGCGUCGCGGCGUUUUUCCCCUCGGCGGGUUGGUCGGGCAUCGGGCGGCAGCGUCGUCGAGAAGCAGCGGCGGCAGCCGGCUCGGAUGCAGUGUCGCUAGCGUACACAUCACGCACGUGCGGGACGCACCGACGCCUCCCCGUCGCUCCGCUGGCGCGCAGUGCAUACGCCGCGUUCGUACAUACGUGUGUGCGCGCGCGCGUAGCGCUCAGUGUCUCGGGAGUGAACCGAGGAGCCGGAGUACACGGUUCUCGCUCGCGCACGUACUCGAGCGUAGGAGAGCAAGCCCGGGAGAGUGAGUAGUAGUAGUAGUGGUGGUGGUGGUGGAUACGCGAGGGAGGAGACGCAGCGACGCGACGAAAGGAGAGGCGAGGAAGAUGAGCAAGACGUGCGCCCGCUGCGAGAAGACGGUCUACCCGAUCGAGGAGCUCAAGUGUCUCGACAAGAUAUGGCACAAGCAAUGCUUCAAGUGUCAGGGCUGCGGUAUGACCCUGAACAUGCGAACGUACAAGGGUUUCAACAAACAGCCGUACUGCGAGGCACACAUACCAAAAGCCAAAGCCACCACGAUGGCGGAGACACCCGAGCUGAAGCGUAUCGCGGAGAACACGAAGAUACAGAGUAACGUGAAGUAUCAUGCCGAGUUCGAGAAGGCGAAGGGGAAGUUUACGCAGGUGGCGGACGAUCCGGAAACCCUCAGAAUCAAGCAGAACAGUAAGAUCAUCUCUAAUGUCGCUUACCACGGCGAGCUCGAGAAGAAGGCGAUCAUGGAGCAAAAGAGGACAAUGACCGGAGAGAACGGCGAACAAAUAGAGUACGUAGAGUACACAGACGGCACGAUCGCCCCUGCAUCAAGUAUAAACGCCAAUCCGCCACCUGCAAGGACGGCGAACUCGCCGGUGCAGAGGACACCAGGUAGGAUCGCCGAUUACGAUCCCCUUAGCGAAGCGAGGCCGAGUCCUUAUUCCGCAAGGCAAGCUGCCACCACUGUCAUUUACACGAGCGACAAGGGACCAGUGACGAACCCACCGACACGAAAAAUCGGCUCAGUCGCUGACAUCGAUCCGGUGAACGAAUAUUAUGGAUCGUUAACGCCAGCCACGAACAAUAAUCAUGUGUCUCAGCAUCAACCUCAGCAUCAGCCUCAACAUCAGCAUCAGCAUCAGCAUCAGCAUCAGCAUCAGCAUCAGCCGCUGCAUCAGCCUCAGCAUCAACAUCAGCAUCAGCAUCAGCAUCAGCCGCCGCCACCUCCCUCUAAUGUUGGGAGAGUGUACAGAGCAAUGUACGAUUACGAGGCGCAGGAUCACGACGAGGUGAGCUUCUGCGACGGCGAUCUGAUUGUCAACUGCACAGCCGUCGACGAGGGGUGGAUGACCGGAAUGGUGCAGCGUACGGGACGACACGGCAUGCUACCUGCUAAUUACGUCGAGCCGGCGCAGAUUUAAACAUCUUCCAUAUCGAGCUUCCAUUCGCUAAUCAUCGCCGCGGCCGUCGCUUCGAUCACGAGAACGUUCUGCUGGAAGGAAGGGACGGUGUAAAGGAAAAAGGAAAAGAAAGGCACAAUACUCGAGAUAGCUCCACUCGGCUCUGGUUACUCGCGAGGCCGACCGGCGAAGUCGAUUCUCCUGAUCGAAACGGCCAAGCGCCUCCAUUAGAUAGAAAAUCAGAUACUUUUUACCUACCGUUUUCGGAAAAUUUUCGAUUCUUCGAGUGCGACGUGAAUUCGAUCCUUUUCUUCUUUUUUUUUAUAUCUCGAUAUCAUCGGGACACUCGAUUUUUCGAUGAAAUUCGAAUGUUUCGCUCCUGGAAUCUAUAUGGAGUAUUGAAGGCAAGUUUAAGAAUCGUGAAUUUCCAAGUCUAAUGUUCGAGGAUGCGCUUGACGAGUAUUCAAGUUCGACGACAUCACGAGAACCCUCGCGAUGUAUUUGAAGGACCAUUCAUAUAUUUUGCAUGUUAGAAUUCCACGUGAUGGGACCAAACUUUAGUUGCGUAACCGCGACGAAUCACGCCGAUGAAAGCUUGUGCGGAGCGACACAAGUACCGACAAGCAAUUACGACGCGAGUCAAGGGAGUAAGAAACAUGGUUUUUGCUAUGCAAUUUUCUAUAAAGCAUCACUUUAAUUUUUUUCUUCUUUCUAGUGAAUUAUAUUAAAAAUCGCUCGAACAUCAUUCCUUCGUUUCGCUAUUUUCUUUUUUUUCGGAGAUUAAUAGAUUAUUAUUAUUAUUAUAUUAAUAGAUUGAAGCGUAUGAAAGAUUAUGCUAACUUUGGUUUCAAUAGAACGUUCUCUAUGGGUUUUUUUAAUUCAUUCUUUCAGCGUAGGAAAUUUUAUGUUACUUGUUAUUCUGACAUGCCAGGUAGACUUUUAUAUUUCCGAUCGUUUUGCGAUUUAUAGAAGAUACUAUUUUGUUUUCUUACCUUCCGCGGAUAUUUAUAAAAAAUUCUAUUUUAAUGUACGUUUCCUCCUCGUAAUCGUAACGAAACGUAGAAACAAAUUCAUCUUUCAUUGCAUUUGUAAUCGAAAGGGAACAACGUAACGUGCCUUAUAUAUACAAGCUAUCAAUUAACAGCGAUACAGAUCUUCCAUCGUAACGUAGCCAUACGUGAAAAUGUGUCAAACUAGCGUCAAUCAGAGAGAUAUAAAUUUUUAUCGCGCUAUUAUAAUCCGAUGUGAAUUUUACUUGAUAAUAUUAAUUAAUAUUGCGACGAAGCGAGUUAACAUAAUGGAGUAUUAGAUAUCGUUGACGCAAAAGAUGCUGACACCUGCCUCUCUUUCUUAAUCACAAAGCACGGAAAUAAUGCUCGUUGAACACCGUUGUUCGCCAUCAGAAAUAAUUAACGACAAUUAACCGAUUAUUUACUUCAUAGCUCUUAAGUUUUACUUGUACGCUUCCGCAUUACGUUCCAAAAUUGCAUUUACAUGUAUUGUUGAAAUAACUUAUUUAUCGUUUGCCGACUCUGAGGUAAACCAAGUGACCUUGACAAUCCUUGAUCGCGCAAGUACAAUAUUUUACAUGUACAUUAUGCUGAUGUCGAGCACCUUUUGCUAAAUUCGUGUCUCAAAAGCGCCAGGACCAAUCGCGUCGGUCAGCACGACAAUUCCCGGAAGCAGCUUCUUAGCCGAUUUAUUCGUAACGGUCGCGAAACGGCUGUAUCGUGUUGCCAUCGCGAGGUGCUUCACCCUUAGUGCCUUACCGCGAGCUUCCCCACUGCGUUUCUAAAUUCGAGAAAUGUAACACGAAACUGGUAUCCUCGGAAACACGUAUCUUUUACCUGACUAGGCAGAUCACGCUGCGUGGAACGACGUCCGCGACGUCCCGGAGAUCAACGGGAACGUGCAGGGGCAGACAAUGUCGGUCGUUCGUUGCGAGCGCGGCGCGUGACGUCGUUCGACCUCGUUUAUAAGCGAAGAGAAUGAUAUUUUUUGGUAACACGUUACUCAGCACUUUUGUAAUUACUAGAUCGCUGAUAAGACUUGAAAUUUUAAUUGCAACUUACAGAAGUAUAUAUGUUAGCGUUGUGUUUAGAGACAGAUAAUAUUAUAUUGUCAUAUCGAAUCAUAAAUAAUGAAUAUGUAUGUUAUGUAAAAA